AUGGCUGAGCGACCUGAAAAACAUGGUUUUGCUAAACAAGCUUUUGAUAAAAUUCAAUCAAAAUAUGAUGUAGCACAAGCUCAAGAAAGUUUACAAUGGAUUAGUGAAAUGAUCAGUGAACAAUUCGAUACUAGUGGAGAUAUGGAUAAUGUUUAUAAACAAUUAAGAGAUGGACGCAAACUUUGCCAAUUAAUGAAUGCUAUUGUACCGAAUUCUAUUCCAAAAAUUAAUAGUGGUGAAAAUAAUUUUAAAUUAAUGGAAAAUAUAGCACGUUUUACUCAAGCUGCUAAAGCUUAUGGAUUAUCUGAUUCAGAAACAUUUCAAACGGUUGAUCUAUAUGAAAAAAUGAAUCUUCAUCAAGUUAUACUUUGUCUUUUCGCUCUUGGUCGAAAAGCUCAAAAACAAGGUGUACGUGGCUUAGGCCCAAAAGAAAGUGAAAAAAAUGAACGAACGUUCUCACCGGAAACAUUAAUGCAAGGUAAUACAGUAAUCAGUACUCAAUAUGGUUAUAACAAAGGAGCGACGCAAUCUGGUAUCGUCUUUGGAAAUACACGUCAUAUGUGA